CCCUCCGGGCUGCUGCGCAUGUGCGGGCGCGCGUUGCCGGGCGGCCGCGAGCCGCUCCGUGCCGUAUGGAGAAGGGCCCGCGGAACGCCAUCGUCUUCAACGCUUCCAAAGGGGAAGCCUUCACUCCCGCCAGCAGCUACAAGGCCUGGCGUAAGAGGCUCCGAGGGAACUGGAAGAUCCUGAGCUUAAAAGAUGAGAUCACGUCUGAGAAGCUCUUUGGAGCGAAACUGUGGAUAACAGCUGGGCCAAGAGAGAAGUUCAGUGCUGCUGAGUUUUUGGUUCUGAAGAAAUUCCUGGAGGAUGGUGGAGCCAUCCUGGUGAUGCUAAGAGAAGGCGGCGAGUCCAGAUCUGGCACGAACAUUAACUUUUUGUUAGAAGAAUACGGGAUCGUUUUCAAUAAUGAUGCUGUUGUACGAAAUGUAUAUUACAAGUACUACCACCCAAAAGAAGCACUGAUCUCUGAUGGAGUUUUGAAUAGGGGAAUCAGUGAAGCUGCAAGAAAAACAGUGCUUGAGACAACAGGUGAAGAUGGGAACGGGCAUGACUCACAAGCUCUCACUUUUGUGUAUCCAUUUGGUGCCACACUAAAUGUGAUGAGACCAGCAGUGGCUGUUCUGUCAACAGGAUCUGUCUGCUUCCCUCUCAACAGACCUAUUCUUGCAUUCUAUCAGCAUGAGCUUGCAGAAGUUGUAGACAAAAAGAUAGAAGAUGAAGCCAGAGACAGAGCUUCUUUCUCAGGCAGAGCAGAGAAACGUACCAGAAGGAAAACAGAAUCUAUUGAAGCAAAGAAGAGAUGCAGUAAAGAACAGCAACAAAAAUUGAAGGAGUGGAAAAGUCAAGGUGGAAAGAUGGCAGCACUGGGAUCUUGCCACAUGUUCAGUGAUCAGUAUUUAGAUAAAGAAGAAAAUGCUAAGAUCAUGGAUGUACUUUUCCAGUGGCUCACAACAUCAGAUAUUCAUUUAAACCAGAUGGACAUGGAAGACCCUGAGAUUUCAGACUACACCUUGCUCCCAGACACAGCUGCACUGUCUGAGCAACUGCGGGUCUGCCUGCAAGAAGGAGAUGAGAACCCAAGAGACUUCACAAAGCUGUUUGAUACAUCCCUGUAUCAGCUGGACACAACCGCCCUCCCUUCAGUUAUCAAAGCUUAUGAGCAGUUGAAUGUGAAGCAUGAACCUCUCCAACUCAUUCAGCCUCAAUUUGAGACUCCGCUACCUGUCUUGCAGCCAGCUGUUUUUCCACCUGCUUUCAGAGAAUUGCCCCCUCCUCCUCUGGAGCUGUUUGACUUGGAUGAAACAUUUUCCUCUGAGAAAGCUCGUCUUGCAGAGAUUACAAACAAAUGUACUGAUGAUGACCUGGAGUUUUAUGUACGAAAGUGUGGUGAUAUCCUAGGAGUAACAAGUAAACUCCCAAAGGAGAAGCAGGAUGCCAAACAUAUUCUGGAGCACAUCUUCUUCCAAGUGGUUGAAUUUAAGAAACUGAAUCAGGAACAUGAUACUGACACAAGUGAAGCUGGAUUCCAGAAUGGUAACUGAGACCUGGCUUUCCCCGGAUGGAGAUGGAUCUAUUAAAAAUGUACUUAGCAAUUUUCUUCAA